GGGAAGCCCCAAAAGGCCAAAGUGUCUGGCCUCCUCCAUUGGGGCCAGACAUCUAGAGGUGGGGGAAAAAGGACCCCCAUCCCACUGUGUGCUUUCUGAGGGCACAGAGAUUUUCUGGACAAGGACACUGACAGGGCCUGGGGUGCUGGUCCCAGUCUGUCAUGCACUCAGGCUCUGGCUGCAACUGCUGACAGGCCAGGAAUCCCUUUCCCAGCUUCCCAGCUCCUGCCAGCACAUACCAGAGAGGGCAAAAUGGCCUCAGAGAAAAACUUGGCAGAAAGCAGCACCUCUUCUGCUGCCAGCACCAGCCAGGUGUCCCGGGCUGCACAUCAAGGUGCUUCAGAGAACAUAAGGUGCCCAAUCUGCCAGGCCGCCAUUAACGACCGAGCUUCCGUGAGCUGGCGUCGGCAUCCUUUCUGUUUUUACUGCAUGGUGGAGUGGUUCCACAGAAGAGCAGAGGGCCUGAUAUGCCAGUCACCUUUCCCAGACACAUUCCACGUGGUGGGAGACAGUAACUCUGAGGUGCAUUCCAUCAGUGAGUCCAUCAGCUCUGCCAGCCAUAAUCAAGGAGAGCGAAUUGGGUCCCGUGCUGCGGAAAGAUGUCAGCGUCGUUCCUCAGGACACCAGCACUGCAUGUCUCACUGCAGAAGCUGUGGUGGCAGCCGCGGUGGCAGCCGUGGGGGCAGCCGUGGCAGGGCCCAAGAGAAGAGCCGAAGCAGGUAUCCAAGGAGUCAUUACAAUGGCCGCACCAGGGUCCAGAAGGCCCAGAGCUACAAUCGCUCAAGCAGCAGGAGACGGCAGCAGAGCAGGGCUCAGAACACUGCUCGUGACAGGGGCCGAGCUCCAAGGACCAAACGGCACGCCCGUGCCUUCUCAAGGAGGCGUAUGCGCCGUCAGCAAGAAUAUCAGGUUUCUUUCAUAGAACCGAGGGCAAUAAGGAGCCGAUCUCGACAGAGGUCGCGCAGUUCUGCCAGCAGAACAUUGAGGGAGUAUCUAAGGAAGAUGGAACGAGAUGAGGGACGAGCUCUAAGGUAUGACUGGUACCUCCGUGCCUCUUCAGGGAGGAGCAGGCACCAACACCAGGGGCGCCGGGUUUCUUACAGAGAACUGCAGAUGACAAGGAGCCGAACCCCACGAAGGCUCUGCAGCACACGGCCCCAGAGGGAGAAUCCAAGGAGGAUGGAAUGCCAUGUGAGACAGCCUUUAAGGACUGAACAAGGCAUCCAUGCCUCCCCAAGGAGCAGUGAACGCCUUCAGCAAGGACACCAAGUUUCUUCAAUUGAACCGCGGUUGACAAGAAGCCAAUCCCGCAGGAAGUCCUGUAGCACACAGCACCAAACACUGCAUGAGAAUCUAAGAAGGAUGGAAAGUGAUGACAGACAAGCUCUAAGACCUGAAGAGGACAUCCCAAGCUCCUCGGGGUGGAGUGAGCACCAUCAGCAGGAACACCAGGUUUCUUUCACUGAAUCACAGGACGAAAGGAACUGAUCCCCGUGGAGGUCCCGCAGCCGUGCUGGGCACAAGCCUGGUAGGACACCCUACCAACAAGGGAACUACUGUAUGUCCUGUUACCAGUGUCAGGAAUGAUACUGCUU